CAAUGCCGAAGAACAGCAAAGUCACGCAGCGGGAGCACAGUAAUGAGCAUGUCACUGAGUCUGUGGCUGACCUGCUGGCUCAUGAGGAGCCAGUGGACUAUAAGCACAGUGUCCUGAAUAUGGCCGGAGAGACCCAGGACAAACAGAAGGAUGUGGAGGAAGACCUGGAGGCUGAGGAUCGGCCUGCUUGGAACAGUAAACUACAGUACAUCCUGGCACAGAUUGGCUUCUCGGUGGGCCUGGGCAAUGUCUGGAGAUUUCCAUACUUAUGCCAGAAAAAUGGCGGAGGUGCUUACCUCGUGCCCUACCUGGUGCUGCUGAUCAUCAUUGGGAUCCCACUCUUCUUCUUAGAACUGGCUGUGGGCCAGAGGAUACGCCGGGGCAGCAUUGGAGUAUGGCACUAUGUAUGCCCUCGGCUUGGUGGCAUUGGCUUCUCCAGUUGCAUUGUCUGCAUCUUUGUUGGGUUGUAUUACAAUGUGAUCAUCGCCUGGAGUAUAUUUUAUUUCUUCAAAUCCUUCCAGUAUCCGUUGCCCUGGAGUGAGUGUCCUGUCAUUAGGAAUGGAACUACUGUAGUGGUGGAGGAAGAGUGUGACAAGAGUUCAGCUACCACUUACUUCUGGUACCGAGAGGCUCUGGACAUCUCUAACUCCAUCUCAGAGAGUGGGGGGCUCAACUGGAAGAUGACCCUCAGCCUCCUUGUGGCUUGGAGCAUUGUGGGGAUGGCUGUGGUCAAGGGCAUUCAGUCUUCAGGAAAGGUGAUGUAUUUCAGCUCCCUUUUCCCCUAUGUGGUGCUGGCCUGCUUCCUGGUCCGGGGGCUGCUGCUACGGGGAGCUGUGGAUGGGAUCCUGCAUAUGUUUACUCCCAAGCUAGACAAGAUGCUGGACCCCCAGGUGUGGCGGGAGGCGGCCACUCAGGUCUUCUUUGCCUUGGGGUUGGGCUUUGGGGGCGUCAUUGCCUUCUCCAGCUAUAACAAACAGGAUAACAACUGCCACUUUGAUGCUGCCCUUGUGUCCUUCAUCAAUUUCUUCACCUCGGUGCUGGCCACCCUGGUCGUUUUUGCUGUGCUGGGCUUCAAGGCCAACAUCAUGAAUGAAAAGUGUGUUGUCGAGAAUGCCGAGAAGAUCCUUGGGUACCUGAACACCAAUGUCCUGAGUCAUGACCUCAUCCCACCCCAUGUCAACUUCUCCCACCUGACUGCCCAUGACUACAGUGAGAUGUACAAAGUCAUCAUGACUGUCAAGGAAGACCGAUUCCAGGAGCUGGGCCUGGACCCCUGUCUUCUGGAAGAUGAACUCAAUAAGUCUGUGCAGGGGACAGGCCUGGCUUUCAUUGCCUUCACUGAGGCCAUGACCCACUUCCCAGCCUCUCCCUUCUGGUCUGUCAUGUUCUUCCUUAUGCUGAUCAACCUGGGCCUGGGCAGCAUGAUCGGGACCAUGGCUGGGAUCACCACACCCAUCAUUGAUACCUUCAAGGUGCCAAAGGAAAUGUUCACAGUCGGAUGCUGCAUCGUUGCAUUUUUUGUGGGACUCCUGUUUGUCCAGCGCUCUGGGAACUACUUUGUCACCAUGUUUGAUGACUACUCAGCCACUCUGCCCCUCACUAUCAUUGUCAUCCUAGAAAACAUCGCUGUAUCCUGGAUUUAUGGGACCAAGAAGUUCAUGCAGGAGCUGACAGAGAUGCUGGGCUUCCGACCCUACCAAUUCUAUUUCUACAUGUGGAAAUAUGUGUCCCCCCUGUGCAUGGCCAUUCUCACCACUGCCAGCAUUAUCCAGCUGGGUGUUACCCCACCAGGCUAUAGUGCCUGGAUCAAGGAGGAGGCUGCAGAACGGUACCUCUAUUUCCCCAACUGGGCCAUGGCCAUCCUGAUCACUCUCAUUGUUCUGGCCAUUCUGCCCAUCCCUGUGGUCUUCAUCCUCCGCCAGUUCCACCUGCUGUCAGAUGGCUCCAAUACCCUGUCUGUGUCUUACAAGAAGGGCCGGAUGAUGAAGGACAUCUCCAACUUGGAGGAAAACGAUGAAACCCGCUUCAUCCUGAGCAAGAUGCCCAGCGAGACUCCCUCUCCGAUGCCCACCCAUCGCUCCUACCUUGGCCCAGGAAGUACAUCCCCCCUGGAGAUGAGUAGUGCCCCGAAUGGACGCUAUGGGAGUGGAUACCUGCUGGCCAGCACCCCUGAAUCUGAGCUGUGACCACUGUCACUCUACUUCUCACCCUCCUUCCCUCACCUGCCUCUCUGGUCUACCCUCCUACUGCCCAUAUUCCUGAUUGGUGGUGGUACCAUUCCCAGUUCAACUGGCCACUGGAUUCUCAGAGCCACCACCUUGCCUCUUAGAAUCAUUCCUGGAACCUUGCUUGGUGUAAGGAACAAGGGGUUGGGAACAUGUUCCCUUCCCCACUCUCCCCAUCUUUGCCUAUCUCUCUAACUCCAUCUGGCCCCCUUCAUUCCCUCUAGCCAAAUUACAAUCCCUAGGAGGUGCCAUCCCAAUAGUUUAGGUGCUGUGGUGGCUGUGUCAGAGAUGACUCAGGAAUCUGGAUUCCCAGCCCAGCAGCUCUUCCAGGUGAAUCCUGAGGCAUCCCUUUCCCAGUUUUUGGCCACCUAUGGUUGUCUCUCUCCUUUGGUGUUUUCUUGCUCCUUAUCUGGACAGAGUUUGAUGAGGCAGUGACUCCAUUAAGACCCGAGGUUCCUUUCUUGGGACCAGCAGGUUACACUGUUGAUGAUCUGGGGGGAUGCUCCCCAAUAGGCACAAGCCAUGGGGUGGGCUAAAAGUCUGUCUUUAGGCCUAGUACUUGGCAACCACUGGGAGGCCUCCAAGGGUCUCUGUUCUAUGAGAGAGACUGGGGAAAUGGCCUCUGGAGUCUCAGGUAGUUGGUGCCUGAUCCUGGUGGGGAGAGGGAGGGAGUGGGGAUUGAUGAUUAAUGGACUUCAAUGCUGUGUCUAAGAUCCAGAUGCAAUGUUCAUGCCACUGCCCUAAGGUCUCACUCAGGGACCAGUAUAAGGUCUCCCCUUAGCUGUGGGAGAGAAGAUGGAAGGUAAACUGUUAUAGGAAGCUGCUUUUACCAUAUGUGUAUAUACAUGAACACAUCUGUUCUGCCAUCUGUCUCCUCAUGUCUGUGAGAAUAACCCUGACUGAGGCCAGGUCAGGGUCUCAGCUUGGGAUGCUUUGCUUAGCCCUGUGAUGUAUGGCUGUUAGCUCUGAGUUGAGCCUGAGGGCAGUGGCCGCUGAUUCUCUCCAGUUCUGGGAGCAAGGACAAUUGGGAGUGAGGUGAGGUGGGGGCAGAGGGCUGCUCCCAAACUUGUUUUCAGAAGCACACAAUUUCCCCCUCUCCUACCCUUCCCACCCCAUUGUUCCAGGCGGGGGACAGUCCUUCUCUCCACUGGCAGCUACUCCCUCCAGAGCAGGAGGGCCCUGGGAUGUGAGGGAUUCUCUGUGCUCUUAGGAGUGUAGGGGGUCUCUGGCCCGGGAUCUGCCUUGCCCAUGGUUGAUUUAUUAGGCACAAGGUGGAGAAGUCCUAGGUUCUGGGGUAAAGAGUUUCAAUUCACUGCCUCCUCAGCCCUGGUGGCUACUCCCACCCUGCACAAUCCCUGUGGCAACUCCCUGCAGUGAUCGCCACCCCCCCCCACUCCCACCCUACCCCCAUCACUCCACUGUCACCAGCCUCCUCUCAACCUCUCACAGAACUCCUCCCCUCUUCCUCCUCUGCUCCCCUUUCCUACUUUAGAACCACUCCCAAGCCUCUCAGGUCCCAUCUUAUGGGGAACUUAACAGAACCCUGCUGCUUCAGGGGACCGUGGACCCUGCCCUGAUGAGUCACUGAAUGAGUGAGUUCCUUUAGAUCAGUGACUCAGAAAACAGAACUCACACUCAGUUCCCCUGACAACUCAUCUGGGAUUCUUUUUGCAACAUCAUGCCCAGUAUUCUCAUCCAGACUCGCCUGGUUGAGGGCUAGCUGCCCCCAGGAGGAGUCAGGAUUUCUGAGCACAAACAUAGACGCACAGGACCUGCGUUCCAAAUCCUGAUUCUGAGGCUUGCUACCC